UGCCCUCCGACCAAAACCCCGUCUGAUCCCCCUUCUCUAACCCCUUCCUUUUCACGCAGCGGCGCCUCCCGACGAUGGACCCUUUGUCCGUCCUCCGGGACUACACGGUCCAGAGGAAGCUGGACCAGAUUGUCCGGGUGGGCGACGAGUUCCGGUUCGGCUCGGAGUACGCCUUCCCCUGCUCCGCCGACACCGCUUACCGCUCCAAGCAGGGCAGCCUCUACACUCUCGACACCCUCCUCUUCUUCGUCCGCCACCACAACCUCAAGCACACCGACUACCUCCAGUCCGCCCGCAGCCUCCGCCUCCCGGCCGUCACCCUCCCCGACCGCAAACCCCUCCUCGACUACCUCCUUGGCCACACCUCCUCCGCCGACGCCAUCGAAUUCCUCCCCCCUUCCGCCGCCGCCCCGGACGUCGAGGAGUACCGCCCCGAUGAUCCCUCCUUCCUCCCCUCUGCCGCCACCGCCCAUCAGUCCCACCUCGCCGAUGCUGCUAGGGUUUCGGAUGAUCUGAGAAGCAUCGACUAUAUGGCGAUGAUCCGGACCCUAGAACGGCCGCUCAAGGACCGGGAGGCCCUCCUCCAGUGCCGCAACCGCGACUUCUAUGGCGUCCUCGUCGCCUCCACGCGCCGCGAGGAAGAGAGGCAGCGGCUCGAGUCGCAGCAGCGCAAGGAUGGCCUCGUCGCCAAGACCCGCCUCAUCGGCACCGAUGAUCGCGCCGGCGGGGACGACCUCGACGGCGCCGCACCCAAGCCCAAAAUGCACCUCAAGGGGAGCAAGAUCGGGGAGGGGGUGCCCAUCAUUCUUGUGCCGAGCGCGUCCCAGACGCUCAUCACUAUCUACAACGUCAAGGAAUUUUUGGAGGAUGGGGUGUUUGUGCCCACGGAUGUGAAGAUGAAGGCGAUGCGGGGUGUGCGGCCGGACUGUGUGACGGUGCAGAAGAAGCUGAGCAGGGAGCGCGCUGUGGCUGCGUAUGAGGUUCGGGACAAGCCGUCCACGCUUAAGCCCGAGGAUUGGGACCGGGUCGUCGCUGUCUUUGUGCUUGGCAAGGAGUGGCAGUUCAAGGACUGGCCGUUCAAGGACCAUGUUGAGAUCUUCAACAAGAUCAUUGGGUUUUAUGUGCGAUUUGAGGAUGAUAGUGUGGAAUCUGCAAAGACAGUGAAACAGUGGAAUGUGAAGAUUAUCUCCAUUAGCAAAUUCAAGAGGCAUCAAGAUAGAGCUGCGGCAUUGGAGGUGUGGGACCGGCUGGAAGAGUUCAUCCGGUCACGCUCCCAUGCAUGAAAUGCUUUAAUCCCCAAGACAAUUUUAGUGAGUCUAGACUGUGGUUCUAUUUUCUAUAUUGCUAUCUAAGAUAAAAAGAAUACUUAAAUUAUAGAAUAUUAGCUGUUUAAAUAUUGUUUAUAUUGAAAAGAAUCUUCCUAAUAUAAUUGGGUACCCAGCUUCUUGCUACAUGUUAAACAUAUGUGGCUCACUUGGGGUUUACUGCUGCUA